CGCAUAGAAUUACUUGCUCAACACCUGUCCUUACCAGUUUUCAUAGGCGGUAAGCCUCGGCUGCUCCCUCCUCUGUGUGAUAACUGAAUUGACUUCAUCAGAGCACAAACCUUCGCUGGGGACAGUUCUCACCGGCUUCCAGACUAUCGUCAAUUUCAGGAUGGAUUCUCUGGUUGCAGCAAACACCAAAUUUGGCUUUGAUCUUUUCCAGGAGAUAAGCAAAGAUAAUCACCAUAAAAACUUCUUCUUCUGUCCUCUGAGCCUCUCGGCUGCCCUUGGCAUGGUCCGCUUGGGAGCCAGAAGUGACAGCGCACAGCAGAUAGACCAGGUGCUACACUUCAAUGAGUUUUCCCAGAGUGAAACAAAGGAACCUGAUCCCUGUCUGAAAAGGAAAAACCCAGAAGAACUCGCUGAUGGCUCUCUGGAGGGGCAGAAGGAAAGAAGGGGGUCUCUGACUUUGCAGGCUGAGUCUUCCAAUGACGAGAGUGGACUGCUCAGUUGCUACUUCGGGCAGCUUCUCUCCAAGUUAGACAGGAUCAGAGUUGAUUACACCCUAAGCAUUGCCAACAGGCUUUACGGAGAGCAGGAAUUCCCCAUCUGUCCGGAAUACUUAGAUGGCGUGAUUCAAUUUUACCACACAACCAUUGAAAGUGUUGAUUUCCGGAAAGACACCGAAAAGUCCAGACAACAGAUUAACUUUUGGGUUGAAUCUCAGUGCCAAGGUAAAAUCAAGGAACUCUUCAGCAAGGAUACUAUUAACAGUGCAACUGUGCUGGUUCUGGUGAAUGCUGUUUACUUCAAGGCCAAAUGGGAAAAAUAUUUUGACUGUGAAAACACAGUGGAUGCACCUUUCUCUCUAAAUGAGAAUGAAAAGAAGACCGUGAGGAUGAUGAAUCAAAAGGGCCUAUUUAGAAUUGGCUUCAUAGAGGAGCUGAAGGCACAGAUCCUUGAAAUAAGGUAUACCAAGGGGGCACUCAGCAUGUUUGUCCUGCUGCCGGCUUUCUCUGAAGAUAACUUGAAGGGCCUGGAAGAGCUUGAAAGGAACAUCACCCAUGAAAAAAUAAUGGCCUGGAGCAGCUCGGAAAAUAUGUCAGAAAAACCAGUAGCCAUCUCCUUCCCACAGUUCACCCUAGAAGACAGCUACGAUCUGAAUUCUAUUCUACAGGGCAUGGGCAUCACGGAUAUCUUCGAGGAAAGGAAGGCUGAUCUUACUGGCAUCUCUCCAAGUCCCAAUUUGUACCUGUCAAAAGUUGUCCAUAAAACCUUUCUGGAGGUGGAUGAAAAUGGCACCCAGGCAGUAGCUACCAGUGGUGCUGCCAGCAUGGAAAGGUCCAUACCAUCCUGGGUGACGUUUAAUGCCAAUCACCCUUUUCUCUUUUUCAUCAGACACAACAAAACCCAAACCAUUCUCUUCUAUGGCAGGGUCUGCUCUCCUUGAAAGGAGCAUGCUGUCUAGUGCCUGGGACCUGGAAGAAAAUGGCAGAAUAGUCUUCCCCUGGCGAAAUGUGUGCAUUUGUGUUCUUGCCAAUAUCCAAAGCUGAUGGAAUCCUAUCACAGCUCCAUGCUCCCUUCCUCCAGCCACUGGCUCGUGUGUGUCCUGAUCCUUCUUUCACCCUGUAGCUGACUUUUAACUAUGUGCAUUAGUAUCAGAGGCCCUUGCUCCCUCCCUAACCUUUCCCCAUGCUAAGCUUUCAAGAAUAUAAUUCACCCUCUGUCACGGGCAGGUCAACAUAAUGGGGAUGGUACUGACUUUAAGUUCCCUACCUCGUUAUGAAGGAAUUCUGAAAGUCCAAAUCAUUAGACCACUUCUAGGAGAUGACAGACUCAGAAACCACUUUAACAUGCGUGGCAAGAAGAAAUAUUUAAGUGGAAUGUGUUUUGGAAGCUCAGCUCUAUUUCUAUGGCUAUUAAAACCAUGGCCGGUCGCUGGGCAAGAUGCCCUGCCUCUUUCUUGUCCAUCUUCUUCUACUGCCUGGAAGAUGCCCUGUGAGGUGCUUCUCAUCUGGCAGAAAGUGGGGGCCUGGUGUGGAUUUAAGUGGGAGCUCAAGACAUAAGCCUGCCCUGACCAGCACUCAUUCUGUGCAGGAGGAUGGUGUUUGUUUUGUGAAUCUGACGUUGACCCAGGAGAACCUCAGUGCAUUUAAAAAUUAGUCCCGGCUUUCCUUAUUGAGUCUCCUAGGCCAUUGUCAUGAAGCACUGUCCUCUGGGUCUUCUUCACCCCCUGCCUCAGAGAAUUCUCCUCUGUAGUUAACCCUAAAUACUCAGCAUGCAAGGUGGGGGAGGGGAGCACUGCCCUUACUGCUGACUGCUGGGCUCCAUGUCCCCCUAUCUCUGUAGUCUGGCCACCUGGAAAUAGACCUGUUUCUUCCUGGAGACCUCAUGCCUGAUUACAACCUGAGAGCAGGCCUGGGUCUGGGAAUGAUGCAUGUGGAAACCUUUGUCAGGAAGGCCCUUGGAUUUGUAUCAGGCUCUAGUCUACUGAAAGCCUGAUGCCUGAGUGUUCAAGGGUCCAGGACCCGGGACCUUGAUCCCCUGAUACGUCUGUGUGAAUUCUUAUUCUUGUCCUUAGCAGAAUGCUCUGGAAUGACUACUAACAACACCUAACUCAAAGACCUGGACAGUCAUUAGAGGUCCGUUUCCCUGCCCUGCCCUAUGGCUCCCUCUUCCCAGUUGCCACUGUGUUGGAUAAGUGUGGCUGUAACAGUUUUUGUAGGGGAAGGCAGGCUAACUUUGCCUGCUGUCAUGCGGGCCCCCUCUCCCCACUUCUCAUCUACAUUAAUGGUUUCUUUGUGCUGUGAACAACUAGUUCCAUGUUCUCCAUGCAGUCUUUUCAUUGCCCAAGGUUAUCUGUGGUAUACAAAUUCCUCAUUGAUUAUGUGAGACAGUGUGUGGUGGCUCCUCCAAGUCCUUUCCACGGAACGCAUGUCUCCUGGGUCAAGUUUAUGUCAGAUAAUCGGAUACAAAGUCUCUUCUGUGGUUCCUUUUGGGGUUGAUGUUUUGAUGACUCUGGGCCUGAUCUGGUAUCACUGCUGGAUACUGAGUUGGAUAACUAUGGCCCCCAUGAAGGUUUGACACUGUCUGGCAUUGCUUACGUUUUUAUUCUUUCCCUUGAUAAACACAUCUUCUCAUUUGUAUUGGGGUUUCUCAGAAUUUUAAUCACAAAGGGAAAAUGUAACUAUUUACAAAAAUGAGAAAGAGUGAGAUUCUUAAACUUUUCUGUAAAUCAGUAAAUAUAUUCUUUACUAAUCUUCGAUUAAAAUGUCUCUUCUUGGUAAAUAAAGCACUUUGUCAUUAGUUAAAAUAUGUGCAACA